UGUUCGUCACGCCCUUAUUUGCAACCACAUUAGGGAGAAAAAGAAAAACACACGUUUUUUCAAUUCAAACAGCCAAACAUUUUCCCGUUCAAUCGGAAAAGCUUUUACUUGUAAAUAUGUUCUUAAAAUUUCAUUUACUUUGUUCAUAAAACAGAGAAAAGAGAUCGAUCAUCGCAAACUUUCGAUUCCCAAAGGCCAAACAGUCCCCCCAAUCUUCGUUUGCUUCCUUACAUUUCAAUUUUCAGCAGGUGUUUUGAUUUGGUUCUGGAGACUUGAAGCUUUUUUGGUUACUUUUUGAGCUAGAGAAAAGUUGAAGUAGUUGUUUAGGGAUAAGAAAUUUUGAAAAUUUUGAUAAAUGCGGGUAUAAUUGCUGGAAAAUUUUGUCUUAUUGUUUGAAUUUAGUAGGAAAGAAUGAGUGUGGUGGGAUUAGAUAUCGGGAACGAGAACUGCAUUAUUGCAGUUGCUAAGCAACGUGGCAUUGAUGUGUUGUUGAAUGAUGAAUCGAAGCGUGAGACACCUGCUGCUGUUUCGUUUGGUGAGAAACAAAGGUUCAUUGGCUCAGCUGGAGCUGCUUCUGCAACAAUGAAUCCUAGGUCCACUAUUUUGCAGGUUAAGAGAUUGAUUGGUAGGAAGUUUAAUGAACCUGGUUUGGAGAAAGAACUUAAGUUGUUCCCUUUUGAAACAUUUGAAAGCCCUGAUGGCGGAAUUUUGAUCCGGUUACAGUUUAUGGGAGAGGUUCAUGAAUUUACACCUGUACAGAUUUUGGGGAUGUUGUUUUCACAUUUAAAGCAGAUAGCUGAGAAAAAUUUGGAAAUGCCUGUUUCGGAAUGUGUAAUUGGAAUUCCAUCCUACUUCACUGAUUUACAGAGGCGUGCUUAUUUGGAUGCUGCGGCGAUUGCUGGGUUGAAACCGUUGAGAUUGUUGCAUGAUUGUACUGCCACUGCCCUUGGAUACGGAAUUUACAAGACUGAUAUCUCUAACUCUAAUCCAGUUUAUACUGUCUUUGUGGAUAUUGGUCACUGUGACACACAGAUCUGUAUUGCAUUAUUUGAGACUGGACAAAUGAAAAUCAUUUCUCAUGCUUUUGAUUGUAGCUUGGGAGGAAGAGACUUUGAUGAAGUUCUUUUCAAUCACUUUGCAUCCCAAUUUAAGGAGCGGUAUAACAUUGAUGUUUUUACAAAUAUAAAGGCAUCUGUUAGGUUGAGGGCAUCAUGUGAGAAGCUGAAGAAGGUCUUGAGUGCUAAUGCGGAAGCACCACUUAAUAUAGAGUGCUUGAUGGAUGAGAAAGAUGUUAGGGGUUUAAUCAAGAGGGAGGAGUUUGAGAAGUUGUCUUCUGAUUUGUUGGAAAGGAUUACUGUUCCUUGUCGCAAGGUUUUGGCUGAUUCUGGUUUGACUCUGGAUAAAAUCAAUUCAGUUGAGCUUGUUGGAUCAGGGUCUCGAAUUCCGGCUAUUACACGGAUUUUAGCUUCUAUAUUUAACCGGGAGCCCAGCCGGACAAUAAACGCUAGUGAGUGUGUGGCUCAUGGUUGUGCUCUUCAGUGUGCAAUGCUCAGUCCAAUAUUCCGUGUCAGAGAGUAUGAGGUUCAAGAUUCUCUUCCUUUAUCUAUUGGAUUCUCAUCUGACAAAGGUCCAGUUUGCACUCUUUCGAAUGGUGUGCUUUUCCCAAAAGGGCACCCAUUUCCAAGUGUUAAGAUUCUUACUUUGCAUAGAACUAAUAUGUUCAAUAUGGAAGCAUGCUAUGUCAAUUCAAAUGAGUUACCUUCCAAAUUAUCUCCUCAAAUUAAUACUUUCACGAUUGGACCUAUCCAAUGCCACAUAAAUAUGGCUAAAGUGAAGGUCAGAGUUCAGCUAAAUCUUCAUGGGAUUGUCAAAUUGGAUUCAGCUGUGCUAAUAGAGGAUCAACUGGAUAACUCUGUGACAAUCAAUGAUCCUCAUUUGACUUCAGAAGAGGUAGAGGACAAAUCUGAUCGGAUAUCUUCUGUAGAAAAUAUUGCUCAAGUCAGUGAUAAUUCACAAUCAGAACCUCCAUCUUGUCCUGGUGCUGGUGUAGCAAGAAGAGGAAAAGCUGUAAAAAGGUUGGAAAUCCCUAUUAGUGAGAGUGUCUGUGAUGGAAUGAAAAGGGACGAGAUUGCUAAAGCUGAAGAGAAAGAACGUUGGUUGAUGCAACAGGACUUGAAGAUGGAGCAAACCAAAGAUAAGAAAAAUGCCCUCGAGUCUUACGUUUAUGAGAUGCGCGAUAAGAUUUUAAAUGCAUAUCGAAGCUUUGCAAAUGAGUCAGAUAGGGAAGAGAUAUCUAGAAAACUUCAGGAGACAGAAGAUUGGCUUUAUGAGGACGGGAUGGAUGAAACUGAAAAUGUUUAUGUAGAGAAGCUUGAGGAUUUAAAAAAGCUUGUUGACCCUAUCGAAAAUCGUUAUAAAGAUGAAGAAGCUCGAGUACAAGCAGCAAAGGAUCUGCUAAAGUGUAUUGAAGAUUAUCGGAAGGCUGCAGCAUCACUUUCAUCCAUUAAGAAAGAUGCGGUUACUGAUGAGUGUAAUAAAGCAGAGAGGUGGUUACAAGAGAAAUCCCAACAACAAGACUCCUUGCCCAAAGAUGUUGAUCCAAUGGUUUGGUCAUGUGAGAUCAAGAGAAAAGCGGAGGCUCUUGAAGCGACAUGCAAAUAUAUGAUAAGAUCCAAUCCUUCUCGGGAUGAUAUGAAUGUAACAGAUCAAGGAGACAAAUCAGAUGGCAUGCAGUAAGAUCGAUGCUGAUACGCAUAUAAUUUAUCACACCAAAUACCAACAAACUCAAAAUCAACCAAAUCAACUGUCGUUCGAAAUAUGAAGAUUUAUACUGACUGAUACAAAAUUGUUUGGGCUUUUAGAUCAUCAUUGCUCAAGGUGAGCACAGAUUGUUUCUUUUUUUUUUUUUCAUUUUAAUACUUGAUGUUUGUUUGAUUAACACUUAUGAUUUUCGUUACUAGCCGUACCUUACAUUUCACAUUAUCCCCUCUUAGUUCUAAACCUUUCGGUUGUUUUCGUCAUUUAAAGGAGCUAACUACUAUAGUGAACAGAAAUCUUAAUGUCUCUCCGCUUUCUCUCAGACACAAUUUUAACUUAGUAGUAUGAGCUUCAACUUGGAUUAGCAUUACUUUA